CCAAUUGGCAUUCUUAACUCCAAAAACCUGCAACCUUCUUGGAGAGCUUGACCAUCAUCAGCUAGUUCUCCCAAGUGCCAACCCUAUCCUCUGAUCACAAUUCACAAAAACCCCCAUGGUUGGCAGGAUGCUUUCUUCCCCAGAGCCUACACUGUCAACCAUGGCGAUGUCGGCGGCUCACGGCGAGGACUCGCCGUACUUUGCAGGGUGGAGAGCCUAUGAUGAGGACCCCUAUGACCCCAUCACCAAUCCUCAAGGUGUCAUACAGAUGGGCCUUGCAGAAAACCAGGUUUCCUUUGAUCUUCUAGAGGAAUACAUGAGGGAGCACCCGGAGGCGUCGGAUUGCGGCGCCGGGGUUCGAGAGAACGCCCUGUUCCAGGACUACCAUGGCCUGAAAUCAUUCAGGAAGGCAAUGGCGAGCUUCAUGGAGACGAUAAGGGGAGGCAAGGCGAGGUUCGACCCGGACCGCGUCGUCCUCACCGCCGGCGCCACCGCCGCCAACGAGCUUCUCACCUUCAUCCUCGCCGACCCCGGCGACGCCCUCCUCGUCCCUACCCCUUACUACCCAGGGUUUGACAGGGACUUGAGGUGGAGGACCGGCGUGAACAUCGUCCCGGUGAGCUGCGACAGCGCCGCCGGGUUCCAGGUCACCGCCGGCGCGCUCCGGGCCGCGUACGACGAGGCCGUGGCGGCGGGGACGCGCGUCCGCGGCGUGCUCAUCACGAACCCGUCGAACCCGCUCGGCACGACGGCGGCGCGUGGCGUCCUCGAGGGCAUCCUCGACUUCGUGGCGCGCCACGACAUGCACCUCAUCUCCGACGAGAUCUACUCCGGCUCCGUGUUCGCCGCGCCGGACCUGGUCAGCGUCGCGGAGCUCGUCGACGAGCGCCGCCGCGCGCGCGGCGGCGCCGCCGACGCCGAGGACAUCGCCCGGCGCGUCCACGUCGUGUACAGCCUCUCCAAGGACCUGGGCCUCCCGGGGUUCCGCGUCGGCGUGGUCUACUCCUACAACGACGCCGUGGUGGCCGCGGCGAGGCGCAUGUCGAGCUUCACGCUGGUGUCGUCGCAGACGCAGCGGACGCUCGCCGCGAUGCUGUCCGACGCGGCGUUCGCGGCGGCGUACGUGCGCUCCAACCGCGACCGCCUCCGGGAGCGGCACGCGCGCGCGGUGGCCGGGCUGCGGCGCGCCGGCGUGGCGUGCCUCCGAGGCGCCAACGCCGGGCUGUUCGUGUGGGUGGACAUGCGCCGCCUGCUGGGCGACGGCGAGGCCACCGUCGCCGGCGAGCUGAGGCUGUGGCGGCGCGUGGUCGCCGAGGCGAAGCUGAACAUCUCGCCGGGGUCGUCGUGCCAUUGCCGGGAGCCGGGGUGGUUCAGGGUGUGCUUCGCCAACAUGAGCUUGGAGACGCUGGACGUUGCACUCCAUAGACUGGGCUGCUUCAUCAAGAAAUGGGAGCAAGAACAACAUGAGAAUUAAUUUAAUUAAAAAACAUGCACAAGAAAAAAAAAGAGUUUAUCAUGGUUAUUUUUUUGAGGAUUGAUUGAUGGGGAUGAUGGUAACAUCUCAAUUUUGUUGUAAUUCGUGACCUUUGUGUCCAUGCAAUUUUACUUUCUUUCGUCUCUAUGUAAUUUCUCUUGUGCUUCAUGAAUGUGCAAGUACAUAAACAUGCUCCCUCUAUGGCUCCAUCUUAAAAUAUAGCAACCUAGGUAAGGGUGUAAGUCGAAGUAUUUGUAUUAUAAAUUGGUUCGCGGGUCGGCCCGCUAGUUUGCACCCUUAAAUCUAGGACCAGAUGUAACUCCUUAUAAUACUAU